GGGGUUGAGACUGGGGUUUUGCAGGCUGGCAGGAUCCUCCACCAAAAAUAAAGUGCUGAAAACGACUGUCCCUGCGCUCCGAGGCUCACACAACUUCAACUCCGACCCGACGUCUUUACGCACCCUUUAUUCCGAGCGGAAGAUGGAUCCCACUCAACUCGUCCUCGAUGUCAAAGAAAAGGCUGUCGACAACGUCAAGCCGCCAACAUUCCCUGCUCCCAGCUCUGGCACGACGGGCUUCCCGGCCCACAAGAAACGGGCGAGAGUAUCUGCCUUCAAACAACAGAGGCAACAGAAGCAGUCUACAGCCGAGGCAACACCCACAUACUCAAGCCAUGACAGGCAACCAUUAGGAUCCUCAUCGUCAGCCGCACCAAGCGAAGAAAAUGCAAGACCGACCGACCAGUCGCAGUCAGGCCUCGCCGCAGAAGAUAAGAGGAGAAUAGACCGAGAAAACCAGACACGGCUAGAGACAAUGUCUCAAGCUGAGAUUGAAGAAGCCCAGAAGGAGCUGUUGAAGGAGCUAGAUCCGUCGAUACUGCAAAUGCUCUUAAAGCGCGCCAACAUAAGCGAGCCAAGAGAUUCGUCUCCGUUCGACAAUCCUCGUGCCCCAAACACACCUCAGCCCCCCACGGUCACGGUAGAAGACACCUCAGCGGCAAAACAGGCACGACUUGAUAAUACUGAGAACGGGCAGAUUCCAUCUAUAGAAUCACAAAAGAUAGAAGCACCCGGUAAACUCACCAAGAAGGUCACCUUUGACGAAGAUGCCGCGCCUCCAGCACCACCAGGCGAUCUCUUCCCGCUGUCGACACAACCGUCUCAAGCGGCCAAUAAGCCAGCAGACGUGCCAUCGGCGAGGACAACGCACUUCCCCUCAGCGCCCCCCGUUCCGGACCUCAACCCGUCCGACCCAGACUUCCUCGCGAACCUACACUCCAAAUUCUUCCCCAACCUCCCAGCCGACCCCUCCAAGCUAGCGUGGAUGGCCCCGAUCCCGACCACCGACUCCCCGGCCGACCGCGACUCCCCCUACCACCCUUCACAGUCCUCCCUCCCCGUCUCGGCCCUCCGCUUCGACUUCCGCGGCUCCCUCCUCCCGCCCCGCCUCAGUCGCUCCAUUCCGGCCUCCAUGGGCCUGCACCACCACGGCGAGGCCCCCGAGGCGGCCGGCUACACCGUCCCCGAGCUCGCCCGCCUCGCCCGCAGCGCCGUCCCCGCCCAGCGCUGCGUCGCCUUCCAGACCCUCGGCCGCAUCCUCUUCCGCCUUGGCGACGGCGAGUGGGGCGCCGGCGAGGGCGGCCGCGUCGGCGACGAGGACGACCUCGCCUUCGCCAUCUGGAGGCUCUUCCGCCAGGGCCGCGUGCUCGAGACCCUUGAGGAGGCCGCCGCCGUCGAGGAGGGCGCCGGGCACAGGGGCGCCAGGGUGUAUGCCAUCGAGGCGCUGUGGCUGUUCGAGAAGGGCGGCUGGAAGGAGAAGUGGAGGGGUUUGUGAGGAGGCUAUGGGCGAUGGCGAGGAGAACGCCGGGUACAUUAGAUACUGUUUCUCGCCGGGAAUGCUGUGGAUGCUGGGAAUGUGGUUGUAUUCUAGAUCGCACUUCUCGAGGUAACCCAGGUUCAGCGACGAGCAUCGGUGCGUAUGUGCUUCGAUGGUAAGUUGAGGCGGCUGGCCAUGGCCCAAGCGGAUGGAAAAUCGCUAUGUCAGACAUAUCCCAUGGCUGCAGCGCGACAUCCGGGGUCGACCUUCACUGGUGCGGUAGAACAAAUCUAGAAACGGAGAAAGUAAAGUCGAUAAUAUCACGAGGCAUAUAUGUUCCGAUUCAUUCAUUACUACAAGUUGGUUACCUCCUGAACCUUGCCUGGCUAGGAAAUCACAGUCAUGAUAGGGAAUCCCCGAAGCCAA